AUGAAGAAAACCUCUUUUAUUAUCUUACUUGUCUAUGUACAUGAUAUUGUCAUAGCAAGUAAUGACAGCUUAGCCAUUGUAGAGCUUACUAAAGAUCUCAAUUCUGUUUCUAGUUUGAAAGAUCUUGGAGAAAUGAAAUAUUUCUUAGGACUUGAGAUUGGAAGAAGUGCAAAGGGUAUUUCCUUUUCACAGAGGAAGUAUGCCUUAGAAGUUUUAGAUGAGUGUGGAAUGCUUGCUAGCAAACCUUCUUCUGUUCCCAUGGAAUCUAAUUUCAAGUUGUCUAGAGAAGAAGGUGAAUUACUUUCUUAUCCAACCACUUACAGAAGACUUGUGAGAAAAUUGGUUUAUCUUACAAUUACAAGACCAGAUUUGUCAUAUUCUGUACAGCUGUUAAGUCAGUUCAUGGAUUGUCCUCGUAAACCUCAUCUUGAUGCUGCAUACAAGGUUCUUAGAUACAUUAAAUCCUCUCUUGGGCAGGGCAUCUUCUUCUUAGCUUCUUCAGAGUUACAUUUGAAGGCAUUUUGUGAUUCUGAUUGGGCCGAAUGUCCUGAUAAUCGCAGAUCAGUAAUAGGGUUUUGUAUUUUUUGA